AAUAAUUUACUUUAUUUAAUAUUGAUUACAAAGAGAAAUUAUAUAUAUAUAUAUAUAUAUUGCAAUUUACUAAAUAUUUAAGCUUAAGUAAUAAUACAUAUAUAAUAAUACUUAAGUAGUAUAUAUAAAAUCAACAGUUUUGUGAUUGUCUGAUGUAAUGUUAUUCUGUCCAACGUGCGCUAAUAUUUUGAUGGUAGAAGAAGGUCCCGAACAAGGGCUUAGGUACGCUUGCAAUACAUGCCCAUAUAUAUAUAAUAUCAAGAGAAAAGUAUACUCGCGUACAUUCCCAAAGUUAAAGGAACUUGACUAUAUCAUGGGCGGCGCUGCUGCCUGGGAGAACGUAGACUCCACUGACGCUGUGUGUCCCAAAUGCGCCCAUGGUAGAGCUUUCUUCAUGCAACUACAAACUCGGUCUGCCGAUGAACCUAUGACUACCUUUUACCGCUGUUGCAAUCAUAAAUGUGCUCACAAUUGGCGUGAUUAA